AUGGACUUCCUGGUGGAAGUAGAUGAUGAGUUGGACUAUAAUGAAGGUGAAUCACCUGUAACUCUCAAAAGAACCGGUACCAGUUAUACAGGAGAUUUCAAGUCUUCACAGUUUCACGCUAAAUCAGCUUAUCUAAGUGAUAAAGGCCGUCGUACUAUUGUUUCACCCCGUGAAGAAGGAGAGGCUUACUCAGAUGAUGAAAAUGAUUCUGGUAUGCCACCAGUUGAGUCAAAGCGUGAAUAUAACAGCAAACAAAUGACUCAUUUUGAUAAAGAAGAGGGUGAGGCAUCUAGUGAAGAGGACCGACGUUAUGAAAAUUCAAGGCGGGAAAAAUCAGGUUCCAGUAAAUAUCCUCCAGGGAAUACAAAUUUGACACUUGAAGAGCAUCAAUAUCGGAACCGUUUACAUGAAAGAUAUGAACGACGUGAGCGUGAGAAAAAGCGGAUACGCGAUAACAUAGAUUCAGAGCCAAUGCAUGGGUCUCAUCAGCAUGGACGCUCAGUGUAUUACAAAGAGAAUUCUACCUCCAGCAGUGAAAGAGAAGAUAUCCAUCCCAAUCCAAAAGUGGAAGACUCAGAAGUUAGUCGAAAGUAUCAGACUUCGAAACAAUCGGAUUCAAAGCAAAAAGAUCGUAUAUUAGUGUCCACAAUUAAUCAAACAUUAGAGAAGUCACCUCAAGAUAAUCGACAAUAUAAAACAACCUUACAAACAGAACGUGAGGAAUACGUGUUAAAAUAUGGUCCAAGUCAAUCAAGUUGUGUUACUGUAACGGAUAGAAUGAUUGAAUCACAAACUAUUUAUACAGAUGAAUUAAAUCCUUCACAAUCAGAGGUAAUUCGUAAAUCAAAAUCUAAAAAAUCUAAACGUGAUCGAAAAGAAAAAGAACAGAAGAUCACAUCAAAAAGUCGAGAGAUGAUAACAUUAAAAAUGAAAAAAGAAAGUAAACAACGAAAAAUUCAAUCUGGUAAUAAUAGUAGUAGUCAUUUAGACUAUAAUACUUGGGAAUCAAUUCAAAAAUAUACUAAACUUCCAGAUCGUCAUCAUGGACCUCUUCAACAUAGUCGUUCAGGUUCAUUAAAUUCCAUAUCAUCUGCUUCAUCUCAACUGAGUAAAGUUUCUGCAUAUAGUGGUUGUUCAUCACAUUCAUCACCAUUGAGAUAUCGUAAGUCAUCAACAUCAUUAACAAGUAGUCAACAAAUUCGACGUUCUUCUCAAUCACCUAAUGAUCUUGAUGAAUCUUAUAGUUAUUCUAAGAAACGUUAUCAUCGUGAAGCUAGAGAAACUGCUCCACCACCUGAAUCUACACGUCACUAUGUUGGUCCAAAUCAAAUAUCUGUGAAAAUGAAACAUAAGCGUAAAGGUGACAAAGGUGAAGCAUCUGAAAGUAAUAAUUAUGGGGUAAAUUUGGCUAGUAAACGUGAAAAACUAUCACAAGACAGUGAAACUCAUGAAUUGCAAAUAGAAGAUUCACAUAUACAAUCGACUACUGGACGCACUAAAAGUAAAAUGCCAAAAUCUCUAGGAACAGAAUCUAGUAAGCACAAAAAACAUUCAUCUAAGAGCUCAAAAAUAAAAAAUAGUCGAUCAACAAUGAGAAAGUUAUCAUCCUCUUCAAAGCUUGAAGAAGACUAUGAACAAGGUAAUCGUAAUCUCUAUAAGUUAAUAGUAAAUAAAUCCGAAGAUGGUGGACAGUAUUCAGAAGAAAGUGACUCAAAUUUACACAAUAUCAAUGAUAAUAGCAAUAGUCGACGAAAUAAUCAUGAAAGUAGCUACAGCAAGAUAGCAGACAUUGACAUCAAUGAGAAAGCCGGUGGAAAAUCUAAGGAAAUGCAUGUAUUAUUUCCCGCUGGAAAUAAAAUAAUUGAGAAUGAUAUAAAAGGUGAAUUUAAUAGACUGCCGCCUCCCCCACGUUAUCCGGGCUAUUCAGAAUCUUCAUCUGAAUGUGACGAAGGUGGAGUACCUGAUAACGGUUUUUUGGAUGAUGAUGAUAUCCAUGAUCAUAAAGUUGACGAUGAUGUUGAACUUCGUAAAGACAAUGAUAUUGGUAAUGAUGAUGAAAUCAGUUCCUUUAAGAAUAAGCCACCUGGGAAGCCAUUCUAUUUCCCAUCUAUACAAGGUUGUAGAUCAGUGGAAGAAUUUGAAUGUCUUAAUCGUAUUGAAGAAGGUACAUAUGGUGUUGUCUAUAGAGCACGUGAUAAAAAAGUCAAUGAAAUUGUUGCAUUAAAACGUUUAAAAAUGGAAAAAGAACGUGAUGGUUUCCCAAUUACAUCAUUACGUGAAAUAAAUAUGUUAAUGAAAGCUCAACAUGAAAAUAUUGUUACUGUACGUGAAGUAGUAGUUGGUAGUAAUAUGGAUAAGAUUUAUUUAGUUAUGGAUUAUGUUGAACAUGAUUUAAAAUCAUUAAUGGAGAUUAUGAAUGGUCCUUUCAGUGUUGGUGAAGUGAAGUGUUUACUUGUACAAUUAUUAAGAGCUGUUAGUCAUCUACAUGAUAAUUGGAUAUUACAUCGAGAUUUAAAAACUUCAAAUCUUUUGCUUAGUCAUCAAGGAAUUCUAAAAGUAGGAGAUUUUGGUUUAGCUCGUGAAUAUGGCUCUCCAUUGAAACAUUAUACAGAAGUUGUUGUCACCUUAUGGUAUCGAGCACCGGAACUGUUACUAGGUACUAAACAAUAUACUUGUCCAAUUGAUUUAUGGUCAGUUGGUUGUAUUUUUGCUGAAUUCUUACUACAACGACCAUUAUUCCCUGGGAAAGGUGAAGUAGAUGAAUUAAAUAUUAUUUUUCGAGAUUUGGGCACACCAACAGAACGUAUUUGGCCAGGUGUAUCUCAAUUACCAGGAAUUAAAAAAUGUGUUUUUACUGAAUAUCCUUACAAUCAAUUAAGACGAAGAUUUACUGAGAAACAAAUAUCUGAUCAAGGCUUUGAUUUAUUGAAUAGCUUCCUUACAUAUUGUCCUGAUAAACGGAUUACCGCAGAAAAAGCACUUGUUCAUUCAUAUUUCAAUGAACGUCCUCGUGCUAUCCAUCCAUCAAUGUUUCCAAGUUGGCCAGCAAAGUCUGAAGGUGGUGUUGCAGUGAAAAGAGCGUCACCUCGAGCACCCGCUGGCGGUGGUGCUUUGGCAGCGGCUGCAGCUGCUGUUGCUGCUGCAGCAGCAGCAGCGGCAUCAUCAUUGGCCACAACAAGUGGUAGUCGUGUAAGGUAUCAGCCUCCAGCGCCUCCUAUGGGAGGUCAACGGUUUUAUAGCAAUAUGUCUGAUUCACGUCCAGGUACAGCAAAUCAAGGAUCAGGUGAUGCUUUUACAACUAGUGGUGUAGAUAAAGGAUUCUUAUUGCGUUUUUGAGCUGUUGUUGUUUUUGUUGUUAAAAUUUCACAUGUCCUUUCUUUUCCCCUUCUUCCCUCUCUCUGUCUCUCUUUCUUAGAUUCAAUUCCUUGUACAGAAAAGACUUAACAUUCUUGCUUUUGGAUUGUAAUUUGUUCUUAAACAAAUGAAUAUGUAAUAUAUGAGAAAAUAUUAUUUUGCCACUUACUGUUUUCUUUUAUUAACUGACUAGUUUUGUAUGAGUUGUAUAAUGUUAUGCUUUGGGUUAUUACGAAUUGUGUUAUAGAACUCUGGAUAAGUUUUAUUGUGUAUUGGUGUUACUAUGGUAUACGAUUGGGAGUGUGGAUAGUCGAUUUUAUUUCUCCUAACUGAAUUUAGCGCAAUUUUCGAUAUCAUAAUCAUCCGUUUCAUGUGUAAGGUACCUUCAAUCAUCAUCGUCUACCUCGACUGGUGAUGUAUACUCGUGUAUAAGAGAGUAGGUUAGAAAAAAGCUAUCAGCGCCACAUCAAGAAUUGUGUUCAGUUCGUGAAAUCAUUAUCUGAUAGAUUAAUCUUUCCGAAUAGUUACAUACUACCUGACUAGGAUCUUUUCGAUUUGUGGUUGGAUACAUUUGUGACAUGACUCAAAGGCGUUCACAAUGGUUCAGAUAGAUUUACACCGCAAAUUUAUCAUUAAAACGAUAUACAUUUAUCGUAUUCUAUGCUUUUAACUGAUUUAAGUCGAUCAAUAUAUUGCACAUUUUUACCUGAUAGUGUUUGAAUGUGCUUUUAUUGAAACUAUCGUAAGUGCUUAAUACUAAGGAAUUUCAGCUCAGCUUUCAGUGAUUGCUACAUUUUCUGCCUCAUCUGUUCUGUUUUUCUGAACCAUUUUAGUAAGCAUAGUGUUUUUUGUAAGUAUUGGAUUAUAGAGAUUGUUAAAUUUCAUUGAAAUCUUGAACCAACCGUACUUAGACCAACACUAAAAACCUGGGAGCACUGGGCGGCCGUUUCUUUCCUGGUAUGGGACUUCUCAACAGUGCUCAUCUGUGAUGUCGCACGCGACGAAACGACCGUCUAGUGCUUCUAGGUUUUCAAAAGUGGCCUUAGAUUAAUUCUUUAGUAUUUAUUUAAACACAUAAAUAUU